UUAGAAAUACUUCCGGGGUCACUGUCACUACAUCCUCCUAAUACGUGUUAGCACGAAAAUGGCCGCAGACAAGCAAAGUGAGAUUAAAACAUCGAGGAUGGAUGAAAAUAAGGAGAAAUCUGUGGAUGCAGGCCUUGGACUGGAAAUUCUCCAGAUCAUCAAGGAAUCACAGCAACAACAUGGGUUGAGACAUGGAGAUUAUCAGCGAUACAGAGGCUACUGCUCGCGCCGCAUGCGUCGCCUGCGGAAAACUCUUGGUUUCAGAAUGGGCAACAGACACAAGUUCACAGGGAAGAAAGUGACGGUGGAGAUGCUGUCUGACAGCAGGUACCUGCUGGUGGUGCUGAUGGAGGCGGAGCGGGCGUGGAGCUACGCCAUGCAGCUGAAGCAGGAGGCCAACACUGAGCCGCGCAAGCGCUUCCACCUGCUGGCCCGCCUGCGUAAGGCCGCCAAGCACGGCGAGCACCUGGAGCGCCUGUGCGAGAGCCCACGCGUGGACGCCAAGACCAAGCUGGAGGCCCAGGCCUACACUGCAUACCUGACAGGAAUGGUCCAGUUUGAGCUGCAGGAGUGGAAAGCUGCGAUGGAGGCCUUCAACAAGUGCAAAACCAUUUAUGAGAAGCUGGCCAGUGCCUUCACUGACGAACAGGCGGGGCUCUACUACCAGAGAGUGGAGGAGAUCUCUCCCAACCUCCGCUACUGUGCUUACAACAUCGGUGACCAGAACGCCAUCAAUGACCUGAUGCAGAUGAGGCUGAGUGCGGGAGGGAGUGGGGGCAUGAUGGCCGAGAAGCUGGAGACACUAAUCACCCAGACGAGGGCCAAGCAGGCUGCCACCAUGAGCGAGGUGGAGUGGCGAGGCCGCACCGUGCCCGUCAAGAUCGACAAGGUGCGCAUCUUCCUCCUGGGUCUGGCCGACAACGAGGCAGCUAUCGCUCAGGCUGCCAAUGAGGAGACUAAGGAGCGGCUCUACGAGACUCUGCUGGCAGAGUGCAGGGACACCAUCCAGGCCGUCCGGGAGGAGAUCAGGAUGGACGUGAAAGCCAGAGAGAGGGCCUCGGACACAGAAGGAGGCAAGGUCUCUAACCUGCAGUACCUGCACAGCUACCUGACCUACAUCAAGCUGUGGACAGUGGUGAAGCGUAACGAGAGCAUGGCCCACACGCUGCAGGCCAAGCUCAAGGAGCCGCAGACGGACGAGAACAAGAGGGGGCCGCGACCCCAGGACCUCAUCCGCCUCUACGACAUCAUCCUGCAGAGUCUGGCAGAACUGUCUGCCCUUCAGGGAAUGGAGGAGGGCCACACUUUCCAGAAGGAGGUGGCCCUGAAGACCCUGGUGUACAAGGCCUACAGGUGUUUCUUCAUAGCCCAGUCCUACGUGCUGGUGAAGAAGUGGAGCGAGGCCCUGGUUCUGUACGAGCGAGUUCUGAAGUACGCCAGAGAGGUCCAGUCCCAGGCCAAGAACCUGAACAACAGCCUCAAGGACCUCCCGGAUGUCCAAGAACUUAUUGCUGAGGUUAACGCUGAAAAAUACUCCCUCCAGGCAGCGGCCAUCUUGGACAAAGAAGAUGUAGCGGAAACACCCACUCUGCCUCAUGUGAAAGACAACAAGCCCCUCUCCGACCGUUUGGAAGCCUUCCGCCUGGAUCCCACCCUCGUCGGCAAGCAGCCCAAUCUGGUGGAGUUUCCCCCCGACUUCCAGCCAAUCCCCUGCAAGCCCCUCUUCUUCGACCUGGCGCUCAACCAUGUGGCCUUCCCUCCUCUGGACGACAAGGUGGAGCAGAAGGGCAAGGGCGGCCUGACCGGAUACAUCAAGGGCAUCUUUGGCUUCGGCAGCUAAGUUUGCAGCGCAGGCCUCUGGUGGUCGUGCCAGCGCUGGGCUGUGUGAGUCCCCCGAGCACCGGCUUCCUCCAGUCUCUGAGUUUCCGGCUGAGUUCCGCCACGUACAUCUCAGAUUCUAGAGACUUCCGUGCCUGGUGUUCCUUUUGCUCAUGCAGCACACCCAGACACCUCCCUCACAACACAACGUACACACACACACACACACACAGAUGCAUAUAAAUGUUCCCUAUUGCUUCUCUCUCCAUUUCUUUCUUUUUCUCUCUCUCGUUCUGUAGAGAGAACCCUCCCCCCCCCCCCCAAUUUAUCUUGUUUGAUUGAGUUCCAUUUAUUUUUCAGUCUUAUGAAGCGCCUUCAUGUUACCCAAUCUUGAUGUUCGUGUACAACAACCAACACUGACCGCCAGUUACUGUCAAUUGAAAGAAAGUGGAGAAUCUCCAUGCAGGAUCAGUCUCUCAAGCAUUUCACCACUCAUAUGAACACAUUUAAAGGACACAGGGUGAUUUACGCGAAGCCAUGAAUUUCACACAGUGCUUUUACGGACAGUAGAACUAGCAUCGCCAUCAACUGGAAUAGACUUCCACACGCCUCACGGAGUCUCUUCACCAUCUGUCUGUUUCCUGCAUGUCUUCCUUCCUCUGUAACUCCUGCAUUGUAAGCAGUCUAGUCGAGCUAGAGAGCCAUCACUUAGCCGAUCGUCACCUCUGACGAUACGCCAACGAUAGCAAUAGUGACAGUCCAGUGACCAAGACAUGCCACACUGUUGUCGUUGUUACGGAGAGGAUCAACAACUUCUGUCAAUGUUCAACCAUCAUUCAAGAAGAACAACCGAAGAAUGCAAAGGAGAACUUUCUUUCUUCCUUCUUUUUUUGGAAUCUCACCAUCUUUGAGCUUUUUGUUUUUUGUCAGUGUAGGACUGUAGGUGUGGCCCGAUGCGUGUCAAACCGUUUUCGGAGAGGAUUUUUUAGUUGAGCGCGUAGGAUAUAGCAGAUCGCACCCCAUACGAUCUCUUCACAUGAACCAAAGUGCUUUUUUUUUUUUUUAUGUUUGUUUGUAGGGGUCAGUUGGGAUUGUAUCAGGGAAAGUUACACGGCAGGCUCCCUGCAGCAUUUAAUUUCUCCUCAAACCCACAACUGACCUUUGCUUCGACAGAUAGUCGCUUUUGGGCUUGUUGUACCCCGACUAACCUUUCCUUUUUAUUUGCAAUUUUAACUUUUCUUUUAAGGACAACGUGAAGAUGUCUUUUGGUCAGACUGUGGUGGUCACCAGAUGGGUAAUGGAUGCGGGUAGAGUUGCUGAACCUUUUUUGUUAAUCCAGUAACACGUGGGUGUAAAGAAAUGAAGACCAAUGUAUAGCAGAGAUAAUUGUCAUUUAGGUCGCUACGGCCUCUUAUGAAAUUAAAGAACAGCUAUGUGCACCACACU